UGCAUCUUGGCAGUAGCUGCACAGAUUAGAUAACGAGACACGAGUGCAUUUGUUUACGAACGACUGAAGUACUCUUUUAUUUACUCUUCGCAUACGAUACGCGCGUGCAGCGUCGUGGGUGAAUCGAACAUUAUCUUUGAGCUUCGUGCCGCAGACUGCGUAAAGCCCGAGAAUGUCCGAUGUGACUAAUCUCGCCGGUGUCCAGGUCGGAUUUAUAGGUGGUGGAAAUAUGGCACAUGCCAUUGCAUCUGGAUUGCUGAGCAAAGGCGUCCUGCAGCCGGACCAAAUUCAUGUAACGGCCACGAAGCUGCAGAACUUAAAAGAACGCUGGUCGCCACUCGGUGUGACGCAUUUGGGUACUGAUAAUGUGGAGCUACUGAAACAUUCGAGCAUCGUUUUUCUCUGUAUUAAACCUCAAGUUCUUCCUUCGCUAACGGAAGAUCUUAACCAUGCACAUGUGACGGGCUCGCUUCCAAACUGCCAGGAUAAACUGUUCGUUUCUAUACUUGCCGGUGUGACACUGGAACGUCUGCGAGGCGCACUUUACAAAACAACAAUGGCAACCUUCGUGCGCACCAUGCCCAAUACGCCGAUGCAGGUUGGUCUCGGCUGCACCGUUUACUGUGCCGAAGCCAAUCGCUCUUCAAGGGUUGAGCCGCUGUACGAAGCUCUGAAAAGUAUGCUCGGUUCCCUCGGAGUUGCGUUCGAGGUGCAGGAGAGCCAGAUGAAUGCCGUCACUGGAUUGGCUGGAUGCGGACCGGCGUAUGUGUACCAGUUUAUCGAGGCCCUUGCCGAUGGUGGCGUGAAGCAGGGAAUUCCCCGCGCCAUGGCACUACAGCUGGCAGCUAACACCGUCAUGGGUGCGGCCAAGAUGGUACUCGCUACAGGCAAACAUCCGGCGGUGCUGAAGGAUGAAGUUUGCUCCCCGGGCGGUGCCACCAUUCACGGUGUACAUGCUCUCGAGCAAGGAUCGAUGCGCGGCACGGUGAUAAAUGCGGUCGAAAUGGCCACUAAACGUUCGUCCGAACUUUCGUAAUCGUAAGCAUGAAGACAUAGGAUCUGCGUGAUCGUUAAAUAUGCGUGGCCAUUAUAGUUGUGUCGUUCGACAAUAAACACAUUCGUCAUUGA